AUGGACAUUCUAUUUCUUGACUUCGCUAAAGCCAUCGACUUAGUGGAUCAUGUUAUUCUCUUAAGAAAGCUGAAAGAUUACGGUAUCGCAGGAAACCUUUACAGAUGGUUCUCGGAUUACCUGCAUAACCGUACCCAGCGUGUUGUUGUAGAGGGUGCUGCUUCGUCAUGGUCCCCUGUCACUUCUGGCGUUCCACAGGGAAGCAUCUUGGGUUCAAUGCUUUUCCUACUCUUCAUUAACGAUCUUCCUGAUGUCAUUCCUGAAUCUACAUCAAAAGGACUGUACGCUGAUGAUACCAAAUUAUAUAGGGAAAUCUCAACUCCAGAGGAUUGUUCACAGUUACAAGAAGCUUUGUCGUGUGCGGAUGUUUCGAGUAAGGAUAACAACAUCAACUUUAAUCCCUCAAAGUGUAAAAUAUUGACAUUCUCCCGCCGUAAAACACCUUUUCUUUUCGAAUAUUAUCUGGGAUCAUCCGAAUUGAAGCGUGUGAAUGAUGAAGUUGAUCUGGGAAUCACAGUGACCAGUAACCUUUCAUGGACAACCCAUAUCAAUAAAAUAAAAGUCAAGGCGAACAGGUUGCUGGGUUUGCUUAGAAGAACAUGCCCUUUGCUUACAGACCGCA